AUGUGGAGCAAAGUCCCCCCAGAGCUGAACCAAGGCCACCUGCCUGAUCCAGGAAAGGGUUCCCUGAUCCCCACAGGGCACAGUUCCCAGACAAACCCCUUUCAAAGACGAAUGAGAUGCCGACGUGUUUUCCGAAGAUUUCUCAUCUCAACUGAACACAUCAGUGACACAAUGCGUACUUCAUUUUAUCAACAGCAAGAUGAAGAGCCAUCAACAAGUAAUUCUCCCAUGAAUAAUCGAAGACGAUACACUCCAUAUGGUGUUCCAUCCCGACAUCAGAGAAUCAACUUACGUAGACGAAACCAAAUGCAUGGUUACAUGGAAGGAGGACCAAAACCUCCAGAGAGACAAACGGAGAGGGACAAGCAAGAUGAGAUCUCAGAGAACUGGUUCAAGAUCACAAUUCCCUUUGGCAUACAGUAUGAUAAGAAAUGGCUGCUGAGUUUGAUUCAGAGCCAGUGCAGCACCCCUUUCAGUCCAGUGGAGUUUCACUAUGAAAAUAUGCAGGCCCACUUUUUUGUUGAUAAUUUCAACAUUGCCUUUCAAAUGAAGAAUCUCAGUGACAAGAUUAUGGAUGAGAGUGAUAAUAAGCUUCAGAGUCACAGAACUUGAUCUGUGAUUUUGCAGCUGACUAUGAACCAACAGUGUGCUACUACUUCUCAGCAAUUUCUUAAUAUGCAGAGGCUCCCCACUGACCGAGAUGUGAUGACCCAUCCUACUGACUUGGCACUGAUUCCUGGACGGUAUAUGGUGCCUUCCCUGAAUAUGCACAAAGAAGACAUGACUCGGGUGAAGUCAGAAGGGGAGAUGGCUGCGGGGCAAGGCCAGGAUCCAGAAGUGAUAUAUGCAGGCAAAAGCUCUCUGAACAUUACCAUCCCGGAUAAAUCCAAUAACAUAAAUUCAAUUCUGGAAUUGUUUCCCAAGUUAUUAAGCCUGGGUGGACAGGAAUCGCCUAAGCCAACUCUCGGAGGCCUUGAAGACUGUAAGGCCUUAUCAACAUGCAAGGGAAGUGUCUAUGGAUCUGAUGCUGUAAAGAGUCUGGUCCUACAGUUCCUGCAGCAUUAUUACUUCAUCUAUGACAAUGGAGAUCGACAGGGGCUCCUCGGGGCUUACCAUGCCGAGGCUUGCUUCUCAUUGACUGCCCUCUUCAGUUCCGUGCACUCAACCAGGAGCCGCUUGUGCGAGUACGUCAAGUAUAGCAGAAAUAUGAAGAUUCUCAAGGAUCCUAAUAUGCGGAGGCAGCUGUUGAAGCACAAGAAAUGUGAUAUUAUUCACUUCCUUCGUACAUUGCCCAAAACUCAGCAUGAUCUCACCUCCUUCGUGGUGGACAUAUGUUUCCAGACAGAGACAACACUCUGCUUCUCUGUUAAUGGGAUUUUCAAGGAAGUGGACGGCAGCUCUGAAGGAUGUGUUCAUGCUUUCACUCGGACCUUCAUUGCUAACUAUGGCAACAAUUCAGAGCUUUGUAUCAUCAAUGACAAGCUGCUUGUGAAGGAUGACCAAGGGUUUCCCAGUGCCUCCAUGCCUGUGGCCACAUCUUCCUCCAGCUAUUUGCCUUCCCUCUCUCAAGAUCAACAGGAGAUGGUGAAAAUAUUCUAUACACAGUCUGGAGGGAAUGUUGAGAGGUCUCAGAAGUGCCUUACUGAUGACCAGUGGAAUUACAACAGAGCUAUACAAAGCCUCGCUUUGCUCAAGGUAAAGGACACAGUCCCAGAGGACACCUUCACCCAGUCAGGUCUAGGAUCCUAA